AUGGGAGCUUUCUUUCGUUACGACAUCAUUGACACUAAGACGACUGGGUUUGCCUUCUUGUUAAUCUUGUCUUGCGGGAGAAUUCUCUUGUUUAGAAGCCCUGCAUUGCAGUACGCAGGCACUGAUCGUCUACAAAUCAUAGGCGUAGGUAGUCUUCACAUCAAUGGUCCAUUAGAAAUGGUUGCCUCGUCCUGCAGCAGUCUUAAGCCUUUUGGUGUUGCCUCGAUCUGUGACUGGGUCACCCUGCGCGUGCCAUUGUUGGUAAAAAGAAGAAGCCGGCCGAAGAAAGAAAAAUAAAGAUCCUCACGUAGGAAGCUGAAGUAUUUAGCUAAGUAGAUGAGGUACAUUUUCCAUUGACGAACGAAAAGGAGGUGCCUUAUGGAACAAAACUGACGAUGAUGAUGAUAACUUCGAAAUCAUAAUUUUGCCUUAAAGCACAAACGACCGACUUGUUAGGAAGAAGGAUAGCCAGGGAAGAAAGCAGGUAGAAAUUACUUUAUAAGCUGUUUCAACUAACAUUGAUAUUCACAGCUGCUUAAAUUCAUUGGGCAGUUAAGAUAUCUUUUCAUAAGAAAAUUGUUACGAAUCAGCUUUUCAGAUAGCACUAAACUCGCAAAGGUUAUUUCGCAACUUGUACAAGGUAAAAAUCUUAAAUUGAAAAAAUUUCUUUUGAGAAGUUUGCGCAUCCUUGGGCCUCUUUAGAGCUACGUGUACAGGAAAUAUAGUUUCCAUGCCGCUGAGAUAAAAUUAAUGUUAGUUGAAAUGGAUACCGAGGUUUGUUUGAUAUAAUUGGCCGGCUGGACUUCAAUCUCGAGAGUAACAUCGACCCAUCAUCAUCUGGAGGAGCCUGGAGCCUAGACUGUGUCAUGAAGACUUUGGAGACCAGAUCCCCACGGAGGAGUGCGUGAGAAGGAGGAGUGGUGACAAAAUAUGACGGAUUGCAGCAACCCAUAUAAGGUAGGGCUGAUUUAAAUGGUUCUGCGCCUGUGUAAGACUAUCGUUUACUGCGAAAGCAGAGUCUGUUUAGAAUCGUCAUUACUACGCUCAAAAGGUGCACAUAGCAGUGCUCCAUAGCAACGUUUCUCGUACGGUACGUUGAAAGUUAUGCAAACGUUGAACCAUAUUUAUCAGCCCAAGUAUACACAGGGACACCAGGUUAGUGGAAUCCUUUAUUUAUAUGAUAAAUCUAAUACCUCACGUCGGAAGUCGGCUUCGAAUUCGGUUCGGCUUUUUUCGGUUUUUCGAUCGACGCUUCCGGUCUGUCUCCGAACUGGCUUGGUAUCGACAAUGUAUCGAUAGCAAGCCGCCAAUGAUCCCUGCGUAUACAUGGUCUGGGGAACCCUGGGGUGUCCAUUCGAUGUGUCAAGUUUUAUGGACAUAUGAACACUCCUUGGUUUUACCUGGGUCUUAAAUUUUUCUCCUAAGAGCGCUUCCCAUUAUUUUAUUAGAUAUUUACUGUAACUGGAGUAUGAAAUUAAUAAAAAAAGACAAUUAUGCUGUGUUGUUGUGGUGUGACUUUAUUUUCUAGUAUAAACUAAAUUCUGUAAGAUGAUAUAGGUUAUGAAAUAAGUGAUUUUUUUUCUGCUAAAUGCGCUUCCAUUAUUUAAGUAUUCACCUGUAACUGGAGUAUGAAAUUUAAUAAAAGAUCCAAACGUUGUUGUGCUGUUGGAGUGUAUUUUUUCCUAAUAUACAUUAAAAUAUCGAGUCAGUAAAGUUGUACUUACAAACAGCUUUACAGAUAGGGAAUGAUGUGAAAUUAUUUACAUUUAAUAAAACAACAAACUAAGAGGCUGUCAGUGUGGUUUCUUAAACUGUCUUUUAAAAAGUAUCUUUUAAAUAAUUUACUAAUGCUGUUUUAUUUCAGCAACAUCGAACGUCAGCGGUUUUUUUCCUUUUUCGUAUGCGUUCCGCCAUGAUUUUUUUUAUCCGAAGAAUGGAGGAAGAACAUUUUUUGGGGCGCGCCCUCAUCGCCUUCCAACGUCAACGGCUUUAUCUUUUUCGGCAAUCCCAAGAGUGGACAAGUUACUUACAGAACGAGCAUUUUUCGUCUUAUUCUCUCAAGAUACUUCAGUCUCUUUUUUGACAUCGUUCAAAAAAGACUGCGAAGCCAUCCAAUCCUGACUGAACCAAGAUUCACCCGCGACAUACUGAUAAAAACUGUAUUAAUUUGAUUUGAUUGUAAGAUAGUUGCACUUAAAGAUCAAUAAAGCUUUGCAAAUAUUAACAUGGAAUAAGAGGGUGUUCUUUUCUUUGUACUUACAUUAUAAUAAUACUGAAAGAACAUUAUAUGGAUCAUACUUAUAGCAUUGUAAUUAUUGUUAUUAGCUUAUACUUUGAUGAUCAAUAAAGAUACGAACACACACUGCAGAUAAACGUCUAUAUAUUUUUUUACUAACUCUUUACAGCAGCUUAAAAAAAUUCCUUUCAGGACCUUCGAACGCGAUUUUUUUCACCUCUAGCUUUUUAACGCCUUCUUCUGGAGAAAAUGGACUUUUUGGGGCGCGCCCUGUCGGCAAGAUGAACACCCAGAUGCAAGUUUUGUCAAGGUGCAGCGUUUUUUUCUUUCAUUUUGGCACUUUUCUCCAAGAGAAGUCAGAGGCCUAUACUUUUGACUGAAACCACCGUUUAAACAGUUCAGGACAAGAGUUGAAGAGCAAGAGUUCACUGGCAAGAUUCAAGGUCACUCCCAUUAUCUUUGGCCUGUACGUUUCUGAUUUUUGGAUGAGUUCCUGCAGGGAACCCACCUGUUCGUUAUUUUGACUGGAACAGGAGUUGCACGUGGAAGGUAAGCAAGUAAAGUAUUUUAAAAUCCAAUUUAGUUUUGUUGUUUUCAGAUGAAAUGCAAGAAGCCACAGCAGACACCCUUUUCACGAUUAUAGUGACGGGAGGAGGGUUGCUAAGGUGUAAUGUGACAGUAAGUAUAUAGUAAAAAAGGGUCUGAAAAGUUAACAACGGAAUUUCAAACCAUACACUCGUAACAAUUUUAAGUGAACAAACAUAAUCGUAAUACAGACGAGCUAAUGAUGGUUUUACGCUGCAAUCGAGAACUUACUAGGACAUCAACAUGCCAUUACAUUUUGAACGCACACAUCAACAACAAUUUCGAUGAACAUACUAAUUUCCUUUUGAGCUUUUUGAUUUUUGCAGGAGAAGGUACCGUUUCAAAAUUCAGUGAGGUGGUCUUACCUAGUACGUGAUUCAAGCCCGACGCCCGGAUUAUAGUUUCUGGUAAGUCCACUUAAAGAAGUUAUCUCAAACCUUUUAACCAAAUUUCAGCCGUUAGUAACCGGCUAUCGAAAUUGAGUCAAAUCGUUAUAUUAGCAGUAGAGAACAAAUUUAAAGGAAGACACGAACACAAAUGAUGGAGUACAUGAUAGCUGACAACAGUUGGAGCUUUUCACUGUCAAUUGUACUGUUAAGCCUAAGAAUUUUUCAAGGUUUUUUUUAAAACCCUUUUUGUUUUUUACCUUACUAUCAUAAAGCUGUUUGUUUGUUUGUUUGUUUUUUUUGUCAUUAACAGGUAAUUUUUUUCGCUAAGAUAAAAUUCAUAGAAGUUAUACUGGCAAAGCUAGCUUAAACAAUGGGCAGUCGUUUCUAUCAUACUGAAGAGUUUUGUGGAAAUAAUCCGACACAGGACUGAAGAAAACAACUCUAAUUAAGACAAUAAGGAGAGGAAGAGACGUUUGUAACUAGUUAUUGAUUGUAUUGACUAGCUUAAAUUGCUAAGAAAUGUUCUUAAAAUCACUAUUUGUAGGUCAGAAAAUCUCCGAGAUGUUAUUGCAGCCGGUAAUAAGGAAAAUUAUUGAAGGUUAGUGACUUGUUUGCCCGGGGGGGGGGGGCACUUGGGUAAUUAAAAAAGAGAGAGUAGAGAAAAAAUAGUUUUUUUUUAGAUUUUUUUUUUAUUUUUGAUAUAUAAUAAAUAAAAAAAAAUGUUUUUUAAAUAUAAAUUUUGAUUUAAAAAAAUGUUUUUUUGUUUUUUGUGAGUGUGAAGUUGGAUUUUUUUUGUGGGGUGUGUGGGGGGGGGGGGGGGGGGGGGGGGGGGCACUUGGGUAUUUUUUGGGUGGGUAUGUGCCGCCCGGGACUCCAAAUUGGCACCCCGUUCUAGAAAAAAUUUCCCCUAAAAUUGAUACCCCGUUCUAGAAUUCGCCCUAAAACUGAUACCCCGUUCUAGAAAUAGGCCAAUUUUUUAUACUCCGUUCUAGGGUGCAACAAGAGUACAACGGUUUGUUUGUUAACGCAUUGAACCGUAUUUUUAAAAGCAAUCUGUCCUUGAAUACUUUCGAAUGGCUGCUUAUAAAAGUGGAGCUUUCGUGCGUUCGUAAUAUUAUACCCCGUUCUAGAAAACGCCCCUGAGAUGGAUACCCCGUUCUAAAUCAGGAGCUUCAAAAUCACGACCCCUUUGGGCGGCACAUACCCGUAUAGGAAAUGUAUGGGAGUACCCCCCCCGGGCUUGUUUGUCAAAAACAUUCAACGAACACUCAAAAGAAAUCAAUGCUUAAUAUCGUGACUAAAGGAAGAAGGCAAUUAAGAAAACAGCAGUGUAAGACAAAGAAAGCAGUGUUUUGAUUCCUAACCGCAAUAAUACACACUUAAUGACUGGUCCAUGGGAAAUAGCUCUGCCUCGGAAAACAUUGAGAUUCAAGGGAAACCAAAUUUACUGUUUCCCGAGGGACCAGUCUUUAAGUUAUUUCCUAUACAGCUGGAAAUUGUUUAAGCCCCGGCGGUCGUCGGUCAACAUUCGCCGGUAACAGUGCACUGUUAUCUCUGACGUCAUAGAUUUUGCGUCAUAGAUUUUGCAAAGUUAAUCCCUCAGAGAUUUUGGCUGGAAACAGUUUCAUUCUUAGAUGUCAUUUGAAACUCGAACUAACCAAUAAUGAGAGCGCACGCUGUUGGGAAAAUUUUCUAGCUAUAUAACAAUCAAUCUUUGCGCUGCGGUGACUGAAUUUUAGUUUGUGAAAAACAUUAUAUUCAAAGUUAGGAACUUCUGGAUGCCGUUAUCUUCACCUGUCAGCAGAUGGACUGCAUGAACCCCUCUUACAGUACAGAGGUGAGUUCGAGAUCAGACAAAUUAAUAUUCUUUCCGAGUUCUUUCAUCACAAAACUUGUAACAACUUUCGAUUACUGGAUACAGGUCUAAGGCGUUAGCUCCAAGCUGUAGAACCGAGUUGUGGGUCGCUGUAGGAUUCAACAGCCUUUUUGAUUAGCUUUAGCAGCGUGUGCUAACCCUGAAACUUCAUAAAGGCUCAAUAAAAUGGCUUAUAUAGAUCAUAAAACAAGUCAGCUACGACUGAAAAGGAAAUAAAAGAUUUCAAAUUACACUACAAAGGUAAUCCGUGAUAAUAGGAAAAGUGUGGUACAUUUUGCUAAGCUUAAAUUCCUUGUUCUUGAGAAGCAUUAUAUUGAGUCGGGGAUUCCCAGACGUCAUGGCAGCCAUCAUGAAGUGUCAUGUCUGCCUUUGUGAUAAUCUUUUAAUGGUCGAAAGGACGUGCCAAAUAGAGGUAAGGUAGUGGAAUCAAAUGUUGAAAGCUAAUGAACCAGAAAAAUAAGCGCAUUCACUUGGAAAUUGAAUAUAAAAUCAAGUGUUCAUGGAAUUCAGCAGCGCGGCCUAGACUCCAAACACGGCGAUGAACAACAAGGGCACACUAAAAAGACAACAUUUGAACUAAAGUGUUUGAAUGAUUUAAAGUGGCGUUCCUUUCGUGGUUAAGUGAAAACAUGAAAUUAUUGUUUUGCUUGUGCGUAAAUCUAAUGAAUCCUUCAACGGUAGGGGAGAAGGGAGAAGCAAACCUCCUCUCUGAAAAUAGCUUUUUUCGCUUGCUUUUCCAAAAUGUUAAAUGCCAAAGAUCUCUCAACAUUAACUGUGUAAAUUUUGUAAAUUUAUUUUUGACCAUUGGUUGCUGUAAGUAUCGUAUAACUGCAAGAGGUGAAAAUCAAGCUGUUUUCAUGAAAAAUUUCCGGUUUUUUUUGCAUUUUCCUGGCUGCAGACGAACGCUCUACUAAAAGCAGCAAAAUUUAAAAUUGUUCGACUUAAGCGCACAGCUGUUUAGAAAGUUAAUUUUUUCAAAGCAUUCAAAAUAAUAAGAACAACGAAGGAAAAAAAUGCAGUUGAUUCCACCAUUCAUAGAAAGAUAAGCUAUGAACCAGUUUUUCGACAACAGCUUAAGUAAGCCUUUCGUUAAAACGAUAAUAAAGAGAAGUCGAAAGCCAUAGCAAGUUACCAUGGUUUGAUACCAAAAUUUGAUUUCUUUUCCAUGUCUAAUUUUUGCACAACUAGCCCAGAGUAUUAUACGCAGUCUGCGCUAAUUUUAAAAGACCGCAAUUACGAAAAAAUUAUAAUUCGCCUUGAAAUGCACCCAAAAUUAUACUGUCUGUUGCUUGUUACCUUUCACGAGAUCAUGUCUAAAGCCAUCUCAUGACUUGAGAAGACACAGUUUCACGACUUGUGCAUUUUAAACGCAGAACUUUUAAUGGUCUCUCGGUAGGUAACUCUUGAGCGUCAACUGGGAGCAGGGAGGGGAGGGACAGCGGAGGCUGGGCGUAUGCCUGCCCUGCGCCCCUCAACACUCCAACGAAAAAAAGAAAAAAAAUAUUGCUAUUUUCUUAUUUUUUAUUCCAAGAGCCAUUAAAGCGAGUGUCUCGUUGCAAACACAGUUAAAGGGUAGAAUGCAGAAUGUCCCUUGGUAUAUAACUAAAGUACAUGCAUCAAUAUAAGCAAGGUACAUGCAUUAAUAUAAUUACUGGUCAUGAACAUAUUACAUGUACAGUUUAUAUCUUAGUUUAAUUUACGAGGAUUUUUCCGUACUUUACUCCUUCAACUGGUUUUAUCGCGUGGGCGUCAAUGUCGUGAAACUGUGUCCUUAGGCCCUUCAUGUAUUCCAUUCUCUAAUGCUAACCGUUCAUAUCCUUAAAAUUCCCAUCCCAAUUCCCUUUAAGUUCCCUGCAGCACAGAUUCAGUAUAUUUUUGGGUGGCUUGAGAUUGUCGAAAAUUUAGGCCAAAAAUUCGAUGCGAGAUGGUGAUAAUAUUUCAAAUGGCUUUUUCGUGAACUGGGCUGAUUGUGUAUAAUAAACCAUUUUCCAAUGUUGACUGAUUUCAAUUUCGUCCUGAGAUGCUGUAAAUAACAAUUAUUAGCCUCAGUUUUUUGUCACGGAGAAAAGCAACGAAAAAACGAGGGUUCUUGGCAGGUAGUUAACGAGAUUAUUAGGGAGCCGUUUUAUAGUGUUGUGGAUAGCGCAAGUUGCUGGCGAGGUUCAUGUUGAUAUCAUGGAAUGCGGAGACGCCGUAAACCUGUCACGUGGUCUUGUCACCAUUUUUCGAUUUUCACUGAAAAUGCAGAUUUAACAAAAACCAAUGAAAUUGUGAUGAAUUUCGGGAUUGCUCUGAAAAUGUAAUAAGCCAUUCCUCCUCUCUUGACCAUAAUAUUUUGCUACUUUUUGGAAGCGUUUUGUACGUUUUGAGGUCUAAUCACAGGAUUGAACUAUCUAAUUGGCUUAAGGGGCUUACAUGAGGGAGCCUCAACAGUGUAUACGGGUAUUCUGACGACAUGGAAGUCGCGACGAUGGCCACUGAUAAAGCGAUAAAGUGCGGGAAGAUCGCAUUACCUUUUCAAUAAAGUUAGACAACGUUGGUCGUGCAAUGAAGGCAAAGAAACCUGCUAAAAAGAAUUGCUGCAAGCUCAGAGAUUUUGUUUUGCUAAUUUCCUCAUUUCCGUAGUCGUUGUGUUUAAGUUGAGUUCAUUAGUAGCUUAAAUACCACGCAAACAAUUCUUGAUAUGCGACCAUUUCGCCUGAAAAACCGUUGUUGGAAAUCGCGCGACAGGGGCUCAUAAUGCCAAGAAAAUAUGGGUACUUUUUUCAAGGUUUCUUUGGGAUUUAAUGACGUCGAAGAUGGCAGCGGUAGCCGCAGUGGCUCUCUGAUUCAACUCUUUUUUUAUAUUGAACUCGUCAUCUUCACCUGGGCCAGAUCAGAUCGCUGUUUGCGUGUGAUUUUUGAUAGCAAAGGGCAUUCGCAAAAGUCUUUGCAUGUGUUGCUAAUAUUUUCCUUUUCAAAGUAUUUACAUUUAGGUUCCUGCAAACUGCUCGUCCCGUGGCAGCCAUCCUUAUCUGACUGGUGACAUCGUUGGGCGAAAUCGGAUCAAACUCUUCCCUCCUUUUCGACAAGAGGUAUAAACUAUUAAAACCAAAGAUCAAUGUCUUUCUGUAAACUAUUUCACUCAAAACUUCAAAGGGCGAAUGAUGAAAACUAAACCCUCAGUAAUGCCAUUAGAAUUAAACUACAAACUGUCAAUGACAAAAAAAAAUGAUAAUACAAGAACUGACGUCAACUUUUUUCGGCGUCAUGUGAUCCAUGUUAAUCCCUUACCUCCAGGCCUUUUGCGUCAGUUUUUUUUUUGUCUUUAUUUUUUUGCUUGUUCGUUUGUUUAUUUUAAGUUUUUAAUUUUACCUAACCAGAAGUUAAUAUGUUCAGGUUUCCUUUAAUUAUUAUUUUUUUAAUUUGAUUUGUGCUUCGCAAAAUAAUGACCACCAUAAGUAAACUCGUGAUUAUUGCUGCGGAGCGACCGUAGGGAGCGAGCAGCAACAUAAUCAGGAUUUAAGGGAAAUAUAUAAGGGGCGACGAAUUCUCGAAUUCAUCACUUUUUACCACAAUGCAUUGCAUUUAACCACACUUUUUCUGCCCAGACUCCGAGUUUUCUUUGUAGGAAAUUUUCUACAGCACGGUUAGAGGUCUUACCAAAUUUAAGACACGCAGGAGUCUUUCAGAUGAGUACGAUGGUUAACUUGGGGAUUGGAUUGCAAUUCAAGAGCCUUUGACUCGUCCAGGUUUUAAAUCUAACGAGAAGAUGAGCAUUUGCUCUUCGACUCCGCAACACGGGGGAUAUACAAAUUCCAGCUUGCUAGAAGGUGAUGUGAAAGUGAGAAAAUGUCAUGCCAUGCUAUUCUUAAGAACCUGCAUGAGCCGAAGAUGGAUAUGAUUUUGACCAUUCCCUUCAAAAUAACAGCGGAAAUCGAGAUAACAAAACAUUUGUUUUGUGUCCUACGUUGCAGACGAGGACGUGUAUCGGCGUUUUGAAAAGCAUAAUUAUGUUCUUUCAUUCAUUCAUUGCCAUGACAUAUGCGUUCAAAUUGUUUUUUUACUGUUCAUAGCUCGAUUAAUGCGGCUGGCGAUCAUCUUGCCAGCGGAAGUUUUAUGGAAAAGGCAUUAAAUUAAAGACUUUUCCCAGAAUUACGUUAUCAGUCUCUUUGGUGUAGUGGUUAGGUGUAGUCGCGUCGAGCCGCUGGUGCAGGGUUCGAGUCCUACCGAACUCUUUUUUUCCUUCUUUCUUUUUUUUUCCGUUUUUUGUGUUGUUGUUUUCUAUAAAAAUAUAGCUAAAUAACUGUUACUUAAUAAAGUGCAAUAAACUGCAAGAAAUGUAUCGUGUUUCCAGAGAAAAGAUAGUACACCGUAUAUUAAAUAUAUGGAUAAACAAUCUGAAUUUCUAUCAUUUCCUACAAUUUACUGUGGGAAAACCAGAGUUCAUAACCACUUGAUCAUUUUUUAAACAACGUUCCCACGAGUUUUUUCUAUAGACUGAUAGUAAUUAUUCUAGUACUUUCCAACAUGCAAAUAGGACAUUCCAUGUCAUUUUCGAUUCUUUUAAUUCUCACUGCCUAACUAAUGCCAGUAUCAACAGAAUUUGCCGCAGCAUCACUAUCUUUUAGAUACCCUAGUAUUAUAAAUAAUCUUCUGUGUCGUUUUCUUUGUAGUGAGAUCAAGAAGCUCGGCAUUUGGAUUCAGUCCAGCCAUGUCGAACGGUAUCUUCCUGCGACAGCUAACAGGGAUGUCGAUUUAAAUGAAGCCUCUUCAACAAUGGUGCAGGUGAACGUCUAU